AUGGGUGCGCCCCCUUUCCCUCCUCUCGCCCCCUCCUUCCUUUCGUCCAGCCUCGUCAUCCGCCUCGCGACGUCCAGCACGGCCACCGUACCGACCUCGACGCCCUCCUCCGCCGCCGACGCCCCCCUCCCCUGGUACCUGCGCCUCGCCGCCAUCCUGUUCGUCUCGAUCGUCGUCCUCGUCUUUGUUGCCGGGUGCACCAUGUGCUGCAUCAACGUCAGGCGCGGCGAAAAGGUGUACGAGCGCGCGAUGAGGCGCCGCCGGCGGGACGAGCGCGCGUGGGAGAAGGAGUGGGUCAGGGCGGCGCGCGCGAGGGCUGCGACGGCGGCGGGAGGGGAGGGCGAGGUGGACGCGCCGAGCGAGGACGGCUCGACGAGCCGCGAGGGCUCGUCGUUGCUGUCGUCUUCGUCGGGUAUGGCGACGAGCGAGGACGAGGAGCAGGACACGCCGCCAUCACGCCCGGUCGCCCGCCGCGCAGCGGGCGCUCUCUCGAGGCGUCGUCGCGACGGUCGGCCUGUCGAUGACGAGGUGCGCGAGGUGCGCCGACUGCAGGCUGCGUCGAGCGGCAGCGACACGGCCUCGAGCAGCUCGAGCGACGUGGGCGAGCGGCGGCGGCGGCUCGAGCGUCGGCGAGGGGGCGGCAGCUGACUGGCAGGGUAGCUGUACCGGCCGACAGAGGGCGUGCAACGCAGUUCGAGCG